AUGAGGACAGCUCGGCCAGAAAUGGAACUCACCCCGUUUUCGCCUGUGACUACAGUCACUUUCAACUAUGACUACUACUAUGAUGACAACUGCCAGCAUCAGCACCUGCAGCAUCUGUCUACCUUCCUCCCUAUCCUGUAUGCUGUUGUGUUCCUGGUGGGCAUUACUGGCAACUCCAUCCUCAUAGUAGCCUUGGUCUUCAAGCGGCGGGUCCAGAGGCUGAUCGACGUCUUUAUCAUCAACCUUGCAGCAUCUGACUUCAUCUUCCUCGUCACGCUGCCGUUCUGGCUGGACGAGGAGGCAUCAGAUGGGAGCUGGAGGGUAGGAUCUUUCCUCUGUAAAGCUAGUUCCUAUGUCAUCUCAGUCAACAUGUACUGCAGCAUCCUCCUCCUCACCUGCAUGAGUGCUGACCGGUACCUCGCUAUCAUGCAUCCCUCCAUUGCUAGACGAGUCAGAACAAGAUCCUAUUCCAGUGGACUCUGCAUCUGUGUCUGGCUGUUAUCCUGCUGCUUAGGGAUGCCAACCCUGCUGUCCAGGGAACUGAAGAAGCAAUAUGGAAAGACUUACUGCACAGACAAAGCCAUGACAGAAGCCAAACAGAUCGCGUCACUGAUGCUUUUAAUCUUGGCCUUCUUCUUCCCCCUGCUGAGCAUCUUAACCUUUUACUGCUCCAUCACCAGGAGACUCUGCAUGCACUACCAGAGAGCUGGCAAACACGAUAAGAAACUGAGACAAUCCAUUAAGAUUGUCUUCAUUGUAGUGGCAGCUUUCGUGAUCUCCUGGGUUCCCUUCAAUCUCUUCAAGCUUAUGGCUAUCCUUUUGGGACUCCUGAAGCAGCCUGACUGCUUUCCCAACACGGUUGCUCAGCUGGGCAUGAGGGUGAGCAGCCCUUUUGCUUUUGCCAACAGCUGUGCCAACCCUUUCAUUUACUACUGCUUUGACAACUACAUCCGCAGAGCCAUGCUGAGGUGCCUGUGCCCGCGGGCGAGGACCAGCAGCGGUGGCAACACCUCUGAGACUCUGGACACUCGCCUGAGCCACUCCCUGUCCAAUUUUAUCUCUGGGGAGCAGGCCACGAGGAAGAGGAAACGCUCCGUGUCCCUCUGA